AUGACCAACACAAUCUAUCUCAUUACUGGCGCUAGCCGCGGGAUUGGCCGUGGCCUGGCCGAGAAAUUCCUCUCUCGCUCCAAUACCACUGUCAUUGCGGCCGUCCGCGAUCCCGCCGGUGCCUCAUCUCAGUCCCUGCAAUCCCUCCCCAAGGGCGAGUCCUCUCGCCUGAUCGUGGUGAAGAUCGACUCUAAGUCUUCCACGGACCCGGCCGCUGCCGUAGAGACCCUUCAGAGGGAACACGGCAUUGACCACCUGGACGUAGUAAUCGCCAACGCCGGCAUCAGUCAAGACUUCUCGCCCGUGCACGGGGUGUCCAUCCCCGUGCUGCGCGAGCACAUCGAGGUCAAUGGCUACGGGCCUAUCUACCUCUAUCAGGCGAUCUACCCGCUGCUCAAGAAGAGCAAGCAUCCCACGUUUGUGGGAGUCGGCAGUCCUCUGGGCAGCAUCGGCGGCAUGGAGCAGCGCCCGUACCCGUGUGCGGCGUAUGGCCCCAGCAAGGCCAUUUUGCACUGGAUCGUGCGCAAGAUCCAUCUUGAGAAUGAGGACUUUGUGAGCUUUGUUGCAGAUCCUGGCUUCCCCCAAACUGACAUGGGCAAUGCCGGCGGCCAGGCUGUUGGCCUCGAGAAGGCCUUCCAGACGGUCGAGGAGAGUGUCGGCGGUAUCGUGAAGACCAUCGACGAAGGGACGAGGGAGUCGGUUGGGGGGGCAGCUGCGCGUGUGGGAUGGAUCUCAAUUCCCCUGCUAGUCUUCUCCCCCUAA